AUGAAGGCGCAGGUUCCAGAAGCAAUCUUCAAAAAGGCUGCAACUUUGACUGCGGACGCGCCCCCGAUGUUGGACAUGGGUGCUGUGCAGAAGGCAGCCGAGCUCAUGAACAAGGCUAAGCGUCCCAUCCUGUAUGUCGGCCAAGGUGCCAGCCACUGUCCGGAGAUUUUGACCCAGUUGGCAAAGAAGGCCAACAUACCAGUGACGACGACAUGCCAUGCAAUGGGAAUCUUCGACGAGCGCGAGCCUCUGUCGAUGCACAUGCUUGGCAUGCACGGGGCGGCCUAUGCCAACUUUGCGAUACAGAACGCUGACUGCAUCAUUGCUGUAGGCAGCAGGUUCGAUGAUCGUACCACUGGCAUUGUGGCCAAGUAUGCACCGAAGGCAAAAGCUGCAGAGAAAGAUGGCACCGGUGGCAUCAUACACAUCAACAUUGACAAGUCUUCUUUCGGGAAGGUCGUUCAGCCCACCGUGGCAGUGUGGGCGGACACCGAGCAUGCGCUCCAAGCUCUUGAACCACUGGUCUCUGCUGGAGACCGUGAGGACUGGCUAAAGCAAUGUCAGGCUUGGAAGGAGCAGCAUGCUUUCGACUAUGUCAAAGCUCCUGCUGGGAAAAUCAAAGUGCAGCAGGUUUUAUCAGAAUUGAACAGCUAUCUUCAUAGACAAGACGUCUACAGCAAGAAGAAUGUCUUCGUGGCUACUGGCGUUGGCAACCAUCAGAUGAUGUCAUGCCAGUUUCUUCGAUGGAUCAAGCCACGAUCUUUCAUCACCAGCGGCAGCUUGGGUGUGAUGGGGGCAGGACUGCCUUUCGCCAUCGGCACACAGGUGGCGAACCCAGAUUCUCUAACCAUUUUAAUUGACGGUGAUGGCUCCUUCGGCAUGACCAACAUGGACCUCCAGACCGUGAAGAGGUACAACCUACCAAUCAAGAUGGCGGUGAUGAACGACGACAGGCAGCAGAUGGUCUGGGUCUGGCAGCGGCUCUUUUUCGAGGGCCGCUACAUCAGUGUGACCAACGACAAUCCAGACUUCGUCGCUCUGGCGAAGGCCUAUGGAAUACAUGCUGUGCAAUGCGACAAUGAAGAAGACCUACCGAAGGUUAUCGAAGAAUGGAUGUCCCAUGACGGCCCAAUGCUGGUGGACUUCAAGGUGGUUCCGGACAUUUGCUUGCCGAUGGUGGCGCCCGGCAAGGCUUUGGACGAAAUGAUCCUGUUACCCGAUCGAGAUGCUGUUCUCGGCACUGAAGAGGAAUUGGGCAGCAUGAAGUUCGAGGGCUUAGCACCAUCUUGA